CCUCCGUGGGGCCUACAAGAACGACGAAUCUAGACCUACCCAAGUCUUUCUUUACUACUCAUUUUCUAUGAUCAUCAUCAUCCACCCGGGUUGAUGCCCUCUCCUUAGAGCUAGGCCCUUCUGCAAUGCCAUGGUCAUGGAGUUAAGUAGUAAUAUGGAACGCCUUGGCAAUGAGAUAGCGCAUGGAUGGCCGCUUGGUUUAAUUGGAAACAGCGACUCCGGAAUCAGAGUGGUGAUAGACACCUCCCACCAGGCUGCACCACCACAACCACGACCACGUAACCACACCUCUCAGCUCCACCGUUGCUCAAGUUUCUCAUCAUUCUCCUCCUCCAAUCUUGACACUGAGUCCACAGCAUCUUUUUUCCCGGACCAAAGUGUAUCGCUAGGACGCCUAAUUGGACUAAGAACGAGCAAUAAAGGAAGGUUGUACUGUGAACAGGACCAGAAUGACGCAGUAAUUCGGGCUACAGCUAAAACCCCAAUAAAGCCCUACCUCAGUCAAUCGAACAACUGUAUUACGCUACACAUCUCUGCAUCCGCCAUGGCCUCCUUCGCCGCCAGGUCAGUCCUCCGCUCAGCCAGCCGAGGCGCCACCCCCAGACUCUCCGCCGUUCUCAAGCCUAGGGCUUCUCCUUCUCCAUUUCGCAUCUCAUCGCAAAAGCCGCUCUCCGCUCGCAUUUUCAGGUCACCUGUGGAGAUGAGCAGUGUUAGUGUGGUCUCGAUGUUGCCGUACCACACUGCAACUGCCUCGGCGGUGCUCACUUCCAUGCUCUCUGUUGCUCCUCGCAGCCACGCUUGGACUCUUGAAGGGCAAGAAAGGACUAGAUGAAGGUCGUGAGAAGAGGGUUGUGAUAACUGCUCAUUGGCUCACUUUUGGAUUGAAGAUAUUCCAAACUGUCUCUUACUUUUUAUGCUGAAGUUGUAUUGUCUCUAAGACUUAGAUAUGAACUGGGAACUUCGGAAUCAUAAAAUAUUGCUCCGCUUUUUGCUUGAAUACUGCUUGCAUGUACCAAAAAUGGGUUAUUCGCCUCUACGACCUCCCAUAAGAAAUUUUCUUUUUUCCCUGUAUUGUAGAUGGAUGAUUGUUAGAAUGUGUUGAGAUGCGGUGCAUUUCGUGAUUGUUCCAUGGAUGCCAGUGCGCAUAUAAUACUCUGCCGGAGACAGUUCUCUGUUUUAUGGAUAUUGGAGUUCAAAUGUCGAAAUGUUGUUUGUUAACACUUAAAGUAGGCUUAGUCACCCAAUGACUAAAAUAUCUCCUUUGAAAUUUGCUAGCAGGAUUCAGGAAUAUACAGCACAUUAUGGUGCUGGAACUUGUUGCAGUUCGUUUCUUCUAGUACCUAUUUUAAGCAGCCACUACAUCUGAAGUGUUGUUUGGAAAAGAUGAUUUUAAAUGUGUGAUGGGGGGUUAAUGCAUGAGACACAUACUUGCCGUUUUA